GUGAGCCUCUGUCAGUGUGGGACGGUACCCUGAGCUCCUGCUCCAUGGAAACCCUGGUGCCAGGACGCAUACCCAGGACUGGACUCCUGUUGCUGUCCCUUCUCCUCUGCUUCAGGCCAGAGACCGCCGGGAGCAUCAACCCAAAUGUGCUCAAAGCCAUCGUGGAUCACGUCCACCAGUAUCGCCCUCUCACCGCUCCCAUCCCCACCAUUCAGUACGCGGUGGCCAUCUCCUUGCCUAAGUCUGUGUGCAAAGGCACCAGACUGCAAGAUCUGCAGAAGCACCUGCCCGUGACCGAGCUCCAGGCGAUGAAAUCCAAGCUGGAGGAGGACUUUCUGUACGAGGGGGAUCACAUCGUCGCUGCCAAACCCAACAGAAACGACAACCGCUCCCUGCACUCUGAGUGGCUGAUGCUCAGCCUGGACUCUAAGAAGGAGAGCCCCGUCUCCCGCCUCCUGGAUAAGACUCGGGACAAGCCCAAGUGCCAGUUGACCCGUGCCUUGGAAGAAUGUUUUGGUAGCAACCGCUACAUCAGGUGGUUUCUGAACAACCCAUGCGGCUGGAAUGGCUGCUUCAUCUUCUUCACCUAUUAUGCCCCCUGUCUGGGCACCUGCCUCAACUUGAAGGAUGACCACCGCAUCCAAGAACUCAUGGAUGGGAUCUUCGGUGCCAUAAAUGAAGACCUCCGUGCCUUGGCCUUCAAGGAGGUUUUGCAAAAAGACAGAGGGCGGGGAAAGCAGCUUGUAUGGAACUCAUGGCAAACGCUCUGUAAAGUGCCCCUGUACCAGUGUGAUGACCAGGGCUGCCACAGCUGUGAGGAGAAGGACGUCAACAAGAACUCCUGCCUAACAGCAGUGAGAAACCCAGCCAUGCCAGCCCCGAAGGCAGUCCAUGGGGGUAGACGCCAAGGUGGGAGGAGAUUGUAAGCUGCGAUGCAAUCAAUCAACAACGAACCCAUCCAUCCUUCAACCCAUCCAUCCACCUGUCCUUCAACCCAUCGGUCCAUCUGUCCAUCCAUGAACUCAUCCGUCUGUCAACCCAUCCAUCCGUCAAUCCAUCGUCCUUCAACCAUCCAGCCAUCUGUCUGUCCAUGAACCCAUCCAAUCAUGAACCCAUCCAUCCAUACAUACAUCUAUCCAUCCAACCGUCUAUCCAUGAACCCAUCUGUCUGUCAACCCAUCCCUCCACCAAUCUGUCCAUCAACCCAUCCAUCCAUCCAUCUUGCAACCCACUCAUCCAUCAGCCCAUCCAUCUC